UGUGUGAAGGGAGAGCGAGAGAGAGAGCGAGUGGGGCGUGGGUGCCGAGCUAAGUUACAAAGUUCAGUGCGCACGACAGGAGCUACUUGCGUCGGUCUACUGACCAUAUCCACCUGUGCACCAUGGAAGAGCCCCCCCACCCCGACACCAGCAGUGUGGCAGGCAGCACGCACACCGCCCCGGAGAACCCGGAGCUCCUCAUCCCGAGCUUCAGCCCUUCGUCAGCCCCGUCCUCCCCUACCCCGACCGGAACCCUGGCCCGGCUGGGUGUGAAGAGUCCCACCAGCCCCUCCUCCACCGCCGCUGCCCCCGGGAGCCCUGUGGACCGCGGCCAGGUGAGCGCCAUCACCGUGGUGGCCCUGCUGGACAAGCUGGUCAACAUGAUGGAGGCGGUGCAGUCAAACCAGCAGCGCAUGGAACAGAAGCAGGCCGACCUGGAGGGGGCCGUGCGGCUGGUGCAGGGCGACGUCAGCCGCCUGUCCAAGACGCACGUGGGCACCUCCAACAGCGUGUGCAAGUUGUUGGAGCGCUCGCGCAAAGUCAGCGGUCACCUGAAGGAGGUCAGAGAGCGCCUGGACAAGCAGGCGGUCCAGGUGAAGAAGCUGGAGGCCAACCACAGCCACCUGCUCAAGAGGAACCACUUCAAAGUCCUCAUCUUCCAGGAGGACAAUGAGAUACCCUCAAGUGUGUUGGUCAAGGAUUCACUAAAGACCCCAAACCCAAGCCAGUAUGACGCAGAGUCCACUCAGCCCAACAUAUCCGUUGCCAGCUCCGUUGACGGUCUUCAGACCAUCAGCCUUUCCUCGGACGAGGAUCUUCCAGUUGACAGAGCGGCGGGAGAAAUACUGGAGUGCGGAGCUGCCGGGGGUAGUUCCCAUAUGUUUGAGCGAAGGUCUGACAAAUUCAAGCGGACCAGUCUGAAGAAAGUCGACAGCCUGAAGAAGGCCUUCUCCCGCCAGAGCAUUGAGAAGAAGAUGGCGCAGAUUACCACCAAGAUUGUUCCCCCUGAAAAGCGUGAAAAGAUCAUAAAGACCCUCAGUCCGACUCACCCCAAGAGCCCUACUGCUAAAAGUUCUACAUUCAAAGUGUCUCCCAUGACAUUCAAUGUAAAGAAAGGUCGAGAUGGCGAGGCUCCUUUGCAAGAAAUGGUCUUGGGGGAAGAUGCACAUGUGGAGAUCUCUCCACUGGAAUGCUUACCUGGAGAUGUCGCGUUGUGCGAAGAAGCUGCCCACGAGAGUCAACAAAUGUUGAGUCAGUCCACCGCGGACGGCAUGAAGGCCGAGCUGGCAAUCAACGGCGAUACAUCAAUCAUCCAGUGUGAAAUAAACGGCAAUCGUUCUGCUGGUCUUGCCGUCCCCGAGCGUGAUGAUGACGUUGGCGAGGAUAAAGAAGAUGAGGAGGAAGACGAAGACGCAGAUCAAGAAGCCCAUAAAAGUGAAGAGAAGCACUCCCUUACAGCAGCUCCUGAAACAGUUGCUGUAAAGCAAAUGUCCUAAACUUUGUUUUCCAAUACUCACUCAAUAGCGCCUCAAAUGUCCCUCUAUAGUAAACAGGUUGUCGUAAUUAUCAAAAAGGCAAUCGAGAGAGGUACAGCGACCCCCACUAUUUGCAGGAGAUAGGGACCUAGCCUUGUUGUGAAAAGCAAAAACGUGAGUAAUUAACGUGCUGCCCAUAAAAUGUUUACAAUUGCCCAUACUAAUACUGUAGUUUUUAAUUGUAAAUGGGCUACAAACUGCAAACUAUGACCCCAAGAUGAUUUCCUUUAAAAAUAAAUCAACAAAGUGAACAUUAAUUGCGCAUGUACAUGCACAUUUAUAUACUCUCUGUAAGAACCCAGGCUAAAAAUAGCUUCUCCUUGAGAUACAACAACAUUCCUCGGUCAAGAUGUACCACUUCACCAUACAUCAAUGGAACAACUGUACCACUUUUCUAUUUAGACAGGGCUCAGGGCCAUCUUGUGCCAUCUUGAGAAAUUUCACAAAGAGCGACUAACAGAGGUUACGUUAAAAAGAAACCAUGAAUUUGUCAAUAGCCAUCGGAGAAUAUGAAGCCGAAUAACUGAUUGUUUGUCUGGUUGUUAUAUUGUGGUUACAAAGUCAUCUCUCAGCUCUAGUUUUGUUCAGCAACUCAAGGUCGCUUCUUAGAUUGCUCCCCUUUCACCUCACUUUCAUAGUGUCUGUGGAUUGCCUAUUGCCCACAAACAAAAGUUUACAAUCGGAAAUAUUGAGCAGGUUUAACAUUUAAAUUUUUUCUACCUUGGCCACCAACUAAUCGGUCAGGAUAAUCUUUGGAGACGUCCGAUAACUGGACCUUUGCUGAUUUUGAUCGGAAUCUAGCUCAAAAUCGUCUGUUUAUCGGUAUGUGUGUACCUUGCAUUAAAGUGCAAACAGUCCCAAAUGCGGCUUCUUGAAAACUGCCAUUUACUAGUGCUCACAACCUGGACAGCAGGACAUCUCCUAGGCAUCCGUCCAAGUAUCUCCCUCUCACUGACCUUGUCUGCUUCUCUACUGAAAAACAGCUUCUUUGUUCUGGCCUCCUUUUUUUUCCAAUGUGAUAUCUAGUAAAUCUUUGGCAACAAAACUAUUGGGGUAUUAAGUUUCCAGGGGAGGCAAGCGCAGGAAUGAUGAUCCAGGGGUUGCUUUUCAAGGGUGUUUAUACUGUUUUUAUAGGAUAUACGUGUCCAAUUUUACACCGUUGGUCUUGAGACUUGAGAGGUGACUCUGUAUUGUGAAGUAACGACACAUAACCUAGUGCAGCAAAUAAAUAUUUUACACUGCAUAACAGGUGAAUGUUUGCAAUCACAUGCUUAUUAACUGUGGAAAAUAGACCAUUGAAAAAAAACAAAGCAUAUACUGUAUGAAAUGAGUGAUGAAUUGGCACUGGGUGGAUUCGAAUGUUUAGUCAUUCGUUUACUUUAUCUUUUUACUGACCGCUUCUCCUCUGUUGACAUGCAACAGGAUACUCCUGCAGCGCUUAUAACGUGCACACACUGGUAUGAGUAAUUGCACUCCUGAAGAAAUACGUAGAUUCCUGUGAUUUUGGGAGAUACGACCAAUGGUAAAACAUGCCUUUUUCACCUCUUUUCUGUGAGGUUCUUUAAAGCGGUGUGCUACAUUGUAAACAUUUUGUAUGACCUUGUAUAGUUUACAAAAAAUACAUAUACAUACAUCCCGCAUACCAGUUGUCGUGGUAUUGGCAGAUGUACUUGGAUUUUGCAUGAAACAGAAACACCCACACAAAACAGUAAUUUAGGAAUGGUGUGAUUCUUUAUAUUUUAUGUAUUUCUGACCGGAAAAACAAAUGCCAGAAACCUUUUAUUAAGACACCUGGGAACUUUGUUAAACAUGUCUCCUUAUGUCUCCUUAAGCCUGCAUUUCUGUUUCCUCAUCUGACAUUGGGACAAAUAUAGAUAUGAAUCAUCACAUUGUGUUAUCUUUUUUUCCAAUGUAUGUAAUUAGUGGUUAUGGAUAAUUUGUGUGUUUUUUUUUUUUAAGACUAAUGACUAAACUAAAAUGUAACACUUUGCUUUGUACAAGUGGGGCGGUCCAGUGGUUUGAAUCUUACAGGAAUUAUUGUAUUAUUUCCUUCUCAUCCUGGGAAACUGGUGUCAUUGCUUUCUGUUUUAGAAAAAUGUUUGGAUUCAUGUCUAUUUUGAGCUGUCGUUGGUCUGAAAGUAAGCGUCCCUAAUCUCAGUCUCUUUGGCUAGGAAUAAAAAAAAACACUUAAGUUAGUAAUGUUGCUUUUCUACCUUCACUGUACAGUAGUAAAGAAAGUAAGCAAACUACAUCAACCAAAGAUGUUUGCCCCACUCAAAUAGUGUGUUAACUCCUGUUGCUAACAUUGUGUAAUUAAUUUCCUUUUGAACUUUAGCAUUGUAUGCCUCAAUAAAGAAUUUAAACAAGGAA